CCAGUGUUUUUGCGACAAUGUGCGGAAAAACCUCUUUCCUUAGGUUAAAUCUUACUCUUGUCAAUCAAUCAAAUCCUAAUCUAUGGUCUGAUAUAUUGGCUUAUAUACAUAUAUGCUAUGUAUACGCAGCUGUGCUAAUUCACGUUACAGACACUCCUAUACUUGAAGAUGUCAAAAUGGAUGAUACUUUAGCAAUUAUCGAAUUAUUAAACACCAAAGUCAACGAAGGACUUGACGUUCUCAACACAUCCGACAAAUAUAUCGAGACAAUAGAUGAAACUUUAUUAGACAAGUUAGAAACAAUGUCGAUCGCCACAACUUCGGCAGAAGGUAAAACACCGCGUGAGAAAAGUGGCGGGCCAUUAUUUCCGCGAUUUCCGUCUUGCGCGACUCCGGCUGUUCCUCUUUCGGAAGACGAAGAGGACAUUCCAUCACGAAACGCGUUAAAAAAACAAGCGCAGUUGCUCGUCGAUACGAAGAGCCGUCGUAAAGGAUUCGCUUUCAGAAGAUAAAGUAUACAUAUAAUUGAGAGUCCAAAAAACCGCAUGAAAUUACAAAACCCCGUUUAAUAACGUCGGCGUAUUGUCGAUUUCCUUCAUAUGUUUCUUGAAACGAAACGUUUUACAAGUUGCUCAAUGCACAAAAUUUCACUAUUUCGAAUUCAAGCAAGACAAUAAAAAUUCAGUAAUAAAAAUGCUACGUAUUUCAGUAUAUAAAAAAAUGUUUAAAUAUGUAUGAAAUACAAAC